AUGACACCCUCUACCUCCACUAAAUCUCUCAAGAGAUCUCGCCGGCAUCGUCAACAUCGCGGAGAUGUAGAAUCAUCAUCGACAUCCGCGGGUAACUCGAGCGACGAUGCUGAAUUCCUCGCCACCCCAGUUCAUUCAACCCUAUCCAUGGACGUUACACCCAAGAGAAAGGUCUUGGGUCCCGUCGAAUCUACCAUGUCCGGUGCGAGGAAGAAACGAGAGACCUUGCAAGCUCGACUUCAGGCGUCAACGCAAGUUCGAAAGAGCAGAAGCGUUGGAGACAACCUGCGGGGGUCAGGGAUGGAGGACGGAUCUGUCAACACUAGCCUUAAGAGAGGUAGUGUCUCUUCCGACAAGGUCGUCGUCUGUGUCAGAGUCAAGCCCACCACAUCAUCGUUUCUAUCGUUAGCAUACGACCUGACAUCGACAUCACUGAGCCUCUCAGAUGCACACCCAAACGUCAUCAAAAGAGGAGGUAAAGCAGGACGAGAGAACGAAUAUACGUACACGUUUGAUGCUCUACUCAGAGCACCGGCUAAGACACCCCAGCUAUACCAUGCUAAAGUCGCACCAUUAGUGGACAAAGCAAUGAACGGUUUUAACAGCACAAUAUUUGCCUAUGGUCAGACCGGAUCCGGAAAGUCCUUCACCAUGGCGAGCUAUCCUAGCGGCAGUCCGACCGAGCUGGGUAUCAUACCCUGCGCUGUUGACGGUGUCUUCGAUGCCAUCAAUACGGAGCAGGAUCGUGCAUAUCUCUUGAGGGUCUCAUACAUCGAAAUCUACAAUGAAACACUUCGAGACUUACUGAACUUCAAGCGUGGACCUCUGCGUGAUGACGAGAAACCAUUUAUUCAUACUUCCAAGGGGAAGGUAUACGUAGAGCCACUGGUUGAGCACAUCGUAUCCACUCCGCAAGACGUUAUCGAUCUACUCAACAAGGGCAACGCUGGGAGAAAGACCAGUGCAACAGACUGGAAUGAGCGAUCGUCUAGAUCGCACAGUGUCUUUUCCAUCGUCAUCGAAUCUCGCCCACGAGAUGGGAAUGGGGAUGAUGAUAUUCGGCUGUCCAGACUGAGUCUUAUUGAUCUCGCUGGCUCAGAGAAAGCGGUGUCCGAUUUGGAGCGUAGGGGCGAGGGAAGGCACAUUAACCGAAGCUUGCUAGCCCUCAAGAACGUCAUCAACAAGCUCACAGAUAAAAAGAGCGGUCACAUACCUUACCGAGACUCGAAGCUCACCCAUCUCCUUGAGAAUGCUCUAGGUGGAGAUUCCAACAUUUGCGUCAUCUGCACGCUGUCCGCAGAAAAAGAGCACGCCUCAGAGACCUUGGAGACGCUCAAAUUCGCCGGAACUUGCUCUCAGGUCGAGACACAGGCUAAGAAGAACGUUCUAUUGUCCUCUGACAGGGCUCUCAUAAAGGCCAAGGAUAAAGAAAUUGAGGUUCUCAAACGUCGGCUUCAGGUACUCGCAGACGAUCGUCCGACUACCCCACAUCCUGGACAGAUAGCCGAUCUGGCCGACUCGGUCGCCGCUAUGGAGGCUCGUAAAGCCACUCUCAACAUGCAGCUAGCGAGGUUAAACGCUGAAAUCCUAACGUCCGAGUUUCCUCGUGGUGCUCAGCCCGCCCCAUCGAUGAUCAAGCGACGCCGGAUCAGUGAUUUUACUCCUACUCCUGGAAGUAGUCGGAUGGCCCUGGGCGUAGGUAGUCCCAGGCCGGAGAAGGAUUCCCGAAGGACAGUCAGCACGAUGCUACGGGUUCCUGAAGAAAACGGUCUCGAAAUGCUAUCUGGAUUUGUCCAUCCUCCGUUUGAGCACGAUCGUCAAGUCGCUACACUCAAGCGAAACCUUGCUGCCAGAGAGGCAGAACUUACUUCGGCUAUCGAGCAGGCCAGACAGAUGUCCAUUGCGAAAGUCGAAGCGGACCGGACGCUACAAGACCGAGCGAAUCUGCUAGAAGAGACCGAGAAUCGUAUGCGAGACAUGCACGGUCAAUUGGAAUCGACUCGAGCGGAAUUGGUCAGCGUGAUCAAUGAGAAAGCAGCCAAGAUUGACGAACUUGAGAACACCGUCCUUGAUCUACGCAAGUCUCGUGAGGAUCUGAUUAUAGAAGAUCAGCAACGUUUAGAGGAUGUUCAAGCGGAGGUCGACAGACUCAGAAUGAUGCGAAUGAACGAUGACAGUCUACGAAAGGCUUUGGAAGAGAAGGAUAGGGUAGUAGGGGAGAUGAAUGCACUGAAAACAGAGCACGCUCGAGAAUUCAUGCGGUUUAAGGCGGAUUACGAGGCUAUCAAAACUCCGCAGAUUGACUGGGAGACUCGAUACUAUCAGGCGAUGUCGCAGGUGGAACGACUUCGCGAGGAAAAUCAGCCAGUGGUUGAGGAGCUCAGGGUGACGAAUACGACCUUGGUGAGGGAAAGAGAUCGGGCCAUUGAGGCUCUCAACGGGUUCCAAAAAGCAGUAAUUGGAGCGGAAAGCGAGGAGAUGGUAACGCUCAAGACAGCCUUAGAGCAGGAGCGAGAAACAAAGGUCGGCCUGCAGCAGGAUCUCGACAAGAUGUCCUCUCAAAUAAAUGCCGAGAUGUCGCUCAACAGGCAAUUGUCGGAAGAGCUCAAUAACACUCGUAUGGCCAGUGCAGCUAUCAGAGACGCGGUCGAGAAACAUCAUCAAGAAGCCAAAGAAGCUCUGGAGGGAAAGGCGAUCUUGGAAGCUGAACUUGACACCGUUCGAAGGAAAGUGGAUCAACUCUCGGUCCAACUCGAAAUCGAGCGCAGUGUCGUCUCUGAGCACAUUAGGGUUCGCAGCGACUUGGAGACUCAGGUGGCUUCUCUCUUCGAAAAGGCUCGACUUCAACAACGGCAGGCGGAUGUCACGAUGGUCUCUCACGAGGAGGAAUUGCAACGACUUGUCGGUCAGUCUCGAUCUGAACAUGACGACUUGAAAUUUCAACUCGACAUUGCGCGCGAUGAGAUUGUCCGAGUCAAGAAAUCUCAUCAAACUAAACAAGACAUUGCACACGGAAGAAACAUCGAAUUGCAGCAGACCAUCAUCUCCAAGGACGCGGAGAUGGUUCAACUGACUGUCCAAUUGACACAGGCCCGGAAUGAUCUUGCAAGCCAAGACGAAAUACAGUGCUCGCUGGACGCAGCUAGGGGGGAGAUCAGGCAAUUGAGGGAGAUCAUUGAUGGGUUGGAACGAUCGUUGGGCGAGGCAGCGGCGGCCAUGACCAAUCUGGAGAAGGACAAUUUGGAACAAGACGAUCAAAUCAGGAGACUCAAGGAACAGGUGGAAAUGGAGAAGAAAGCGGCUCUCGAAUCGGCCGCUGGAGCCAAGGAGCUUCAAGCAGAACAAGAAAAGGUGCGGUCGUUGCAGGGAGAAGUCGAGGUAGAGCGUAGGACUAGGGGAGUAUUCGAGGGGGAUCUCCGGAAGAUGACAGAUAAGUCAAACGAGAUGAGUUCACUGGUGACUCGCCUACAAUCCGAAGUGACUGUAACUUCCGAGAGAUUGAAAGAAAUGUCGGCUUCGAAUGAUCGACAAGCGGACAGAGCUCUUGAGGCAGAGACCAAAAUCACUCGACUCGAAGCUGCUUUGUCUACUGCACAAGCGGAUCUUCAGAGUUUCGAAUUUGAGUAUGAAAAGACCAAAGAAUCACUUGCUACCUCUCGAGAGGACGCAUUGCAAUCGAAAGACAAAGCUAUCAAACUCGCGAAAGAAUUGCUCGAGCUGAAAAAUACCGUUAGUAAGAAAACAUCGCCUGAAAAGUUCUGGUCUGGACACAAGUCUUGGGCUGGACACGGACUGAGUGGUAGCUCGAGCGUGCGGUCUAAUCUUCGAUUGCAAGCAUUACAAUCUGAUGGUAGUCAAACAGAUAAAGAGGAGAUUGAGAGGUUGGAGAAGGUGGUAGAAGCCCAACAGAUUAUCAUCGAAGACCAAAGGGAGAAGAUAGUGUUUUGGUCGACGGAGCUUGAAAAACAAAGAGAAGUGGUUCGUUUACUCACUCAGGAUGGAAAUAUCAACCGUAUCUCGCCUAGGACCAAGUCGCCCCGUCUUAGCCUCAGUCGUGCGCCCAACGUCGGAGAAUCUUCCCCUUCGCUUACCCCUUCUGCUGUGGGAAGCAAAAAGACUCGAACACAUUUGCCAAGUUCGUUCACGGCGAGAAAUCUGGCCUUGCCAACGAGUCCGACUCCAUUACCGAUGCAUGGGAAACAAGUGUCUAGUGCGUCCAAGAAGGGUAGGAGGUUGACGAUCGAAGCGGACAUGGAUUUCUUGACGGAAUCGAGCAAGGUCAAUCGUCAAAGGGAACUGUUCGAUAUCCCUUCAGCUUCCCCCUCGCCCGAGAAAAAUCCUAGAACGUUCGUCCUUGCUGCCCCGCCUUCUGUUCCACGGCAACGACGACCGAACAACGUUUUUACUCCAACUACGGCUAACACAGCUACUAUCGGAGGGGAAAGAAGUAUUGAGAGGAAUGACAAGUGUCCUACUGAUAUCACAGACGAAGGAAAAGGAAGGUCCCUCGUACCCAGAGAACGUUCCCUGGCGGGACAAGGGAACAUGACGACCACCACCGCUCCGAGGAAAGUAGCUGUGAAAAGUGAAGAGAGUAGGGAUCGUUGA